AUGCUGCACUGCACUCUGAUUUCUCUGCUAGCUGGCGGGGCAAUCGCCGCCGACUCGUACAACAACCUGCACAACCACGAACAUGCCAAACGGAUGGGCAAAGAGGUGCAGGGUAAGGAGGUAUCUCAUCUUUUCCGCCGUGAUGGAACCUGUUCGUUCCCCAACUACGACGGCAUGGUAGCGGUUCAGUCAGACAGCAAAAAUGCUGGAUGGGCGAUGAGCUGGGACCAAUCGUGUAGUUAUGGAAGCUGGUGUCCAUAUGCUUGUAGUCCAGGCCAGUUGGCAGGUCAGUGGGACCCCCAAGUCACAAGCUACUCUUACCCAGGCUCUCAAUACGGUGGAUUGUACUGUGAUGAAAACGGAAAUUUGCAAAAGCCAAUCUCGCAAAAUGACUACUGUUACGAUGGGAAGGGAACCGUGACGGCCAAAAACAACGCUGGAUCGGACGUUCCUUUCUGUCAAACCGUCCUUCCAGGUAACGAAGAAAUGUUGAUCCCAACUUUGGUCAACAGCGGGUCUGAGGAAAGUUUGGCCGUGCCGGGUACCGAAUACUGGGCCCAGACUGCAGCUCAUUACUACAUCAACCCACCAGGAACAAGUGUGGCCGACGGCUGCAAAUGGGGUUCGUUAUCGAACCCAAGAGGAAACUGGUCGCCAUACGUGGCGGGUGCCAACAUGGACGAUUCUCAAAACACAUAUGUGAAGAUCGGUUGGAAUCCAAUCUAUUUGGAGGAUUCUUGUCCAUUCAAAAACACCAGACCAUCAUUUGGGGUAAAAAUCACUUGCGAUGACGAAUCUCAAUGUGUAGGUCUGCCAUGCUCGAUUGAUCCUUCUCAACAGGACGUCAAUCAGAUUGGGGGCCAGGGAUCUGGCGGUGCUGGCGGUGCUGGCGGUGCUCAAUUCUGUGUCGUUACCGCUCGUAAUGGUGCCAAGGCCAACAUUGAGGUUUUCGAGACUUCUUCCGGCAACACAAAGCGUGACGUUCCACACCACGCUCAUAACAAAAGAGGCCAACGUACUGUCAUCAGCACUAUGACUAUUUAA